AUGGCUGAAGAAAAACGUUCAUUUAAAAUUCAAGCUAUUAAUCGCCGUUUUUUACCAUUUGAUUCAGAAAAAGAAAAAGAAUGGCAAGGUCCAUUUUUUUUUGUUCAAGGUGCUGAUUGUCAACCUGGUUUAACAUAUCGAUGGACAGGUACUGAGAGAAAACAAUGUACUACUGAUAUGCCUAUGAAAUGGGAUGUUGAAAUAGAAGCAACACGUGCUGUUAUUAAAAAACUCAAUCAAAUGCAACCAAAACCAAAAUUUUUUAUUGUUUGUGGCGAUCUUGUUGAUGCAUUUGAUUUCGAAGAACCAUUUCGUACACAACAAGAAAAUGAUAUAAAACAAGUAUUUAGUGAAUUAGAUCCUUCAAUACCAUUAUUAUGUGUUUGUGGAAAUCAUGAUAUUGGUGAUCAACCAACACGUUCAAGUAUACAAAGAUAUAUAGAUCAUUUUGGUGAUGAUUAUUAUGAUUUUUAUUGUGGUGGUAUUCAUUGUAUUGUUUUAAAUUCACAAUUUUAUGAACAUUCAUUAAAUGUUGAAGAUUUAAAAUUAAAACAUGAACAAUGGCUUGAUGACGUAUUAAAAGAUAAACAAUCAAAACAUAUUAUUAUAUUUCAACAUAUUCCAUGGUUUUUAAGACAAUAUGAUGAAGGUAAAGAUUAUUUUAAUAUUGAAAUAAAUACAAGACUUGAAAUGCUUGAAAAAUUUUAUAAAGCUGGUGUUAAAAAAAUUUUUUGUGGACAUUAUCAUAGAAAUGCAGGUGGCUCAUAUAAAUCUAUGGAAUUAAUUGUUACAAAUGCAAUUGGUCUUGCAUUAGGAACGGAUAAAUCUGGUGUUCGAUUAGUACGUGUUACAGAAAAUGAUAUUGAACAUCAAUAUUUUCCAACAGAAGAUGUUCCAUUAAAUUUUCUAUAA